AUGGUGCGCUUCACCUCCAUACUUAAGACAAUUGUCUCCUUCGGGGCUGUGGUCUCCGCAUUCACCAAUCCCAUCCGAAACCCCGGAGGCAGUGAUCCCAGUCUCGUCUACACGGGCGGAUACUACUACCUUCUGACGACGACAUGGACGGACGUCCAAAUCACCCGGGCGACCAGCAUCGAGGGACUAAAGGAAGGCGAGACUAAAGUCGUCUACUCGACCGACGUCGCCUCGCGAUGCUGCAAUAAUUGGGCCCCGGAACUGCACUAUCUCGGGGGUAAAUGGUACAUUUACUACACGGCCGGCACAGCGGAUGACCUGGACGGGCAGAGAUCGCACGUUCUAGCUGGAGGCAGCACACCCUGGGACUCCUGGUCCUACGGCGCCCAGCUCACAACAGAAUGGGGCAUCGACGCGACUAUUGUCCGCUUCAACGACUACGGCAACUUCCUCGUCUUCUCCUGCUUCCACGGCGUCACCUACCAGUCACUCUGCAUGCAAAAGCUGGGCAACGACUUCAUCUCCGUAACCGGAGAUAUCACCGUCAUCUCGCAACCAACUGAAGCCUUCGAAACACACGGCACCCCCGUGCAAGAAGGCCCUGCAGCAUUAUACACCAACGGCCAGACACGGAUCGUAUACUCUGCCUCCUACUGCUGGACACAAUACUACUGUCUCGCCAGUCUGACCUGGGAUGGCACCACGAACCCGACCCAGGCGAAGGCGUGGACGAAAUCGAAUGGAUGUCUCUUGGCCUCGAGCAAUGGGAACUACGGCACGGGACAUAAUAGCUUCUUCCAGAGUCCGGAUGGAACAGAGGUGUGGACGGCCUUCCAUGCGACGACCAAUGGCGCAGGUGCGUGUGAUGAUAGUCGGUAUACAAUGGUGCAGCCGGUGGGGAGCAAUGCUGAUGGCACUCCGAACUUUGGGGUGGCGGCACCCUGGACCCAGGUGUUUGAGGAGCCGAGUGCGUAA